GGCCCGAAACGUUGCCUAUUUCCUUCGCUCCAUAGAUGCUGCUGCACCCGCUGAGUUUCUCCAGCUUUUUUGUGUAACCCAAGAUACAGAGGCAGAUGGAUGAACUGCACAAAGCCAAUAAAGUUCAAGUAAGCAAAGCUGCUUUAAUCGUCCAUUAUGUAUCGUCCAGAUAGAGACAGAACAUAAUGAAACAUGGUGGCAGCGGUGGACGUCGAAAAUUGUCUAUGAAAGAAAAAAAAAAAGACACUAGAAAGAAAAAAAAAACAUUAGCUAGCGAUGGAAGGACUAAGACCCCCUGGAACUUUGGUUUGGAACUCCAACAACUUGGCAAAGUCAUGGAAAAGUUGGAAGGAGGAGUUCACACUGUACAUAGACCUUACCAUGCCAGAUGCCGUAGAGACCACAAAAGUCAAGCUAUUCUACUAUCUCAUCGGAGAAAAAGGCAGGGAACUUUGGGCAACUUUGUCGAGUGCUAGCCCUUCAGCGAGGACCACAGUUAGUUCAAUGAUCAUACAGUUGGAUGAGUACUGCAACCCAAAGGUAAACGAGACUGUGGAAAGGUACCGAUUCUUCAUGAGGAACCAAGGAUUGGAUGAAAACGUGGACAGCUAUGUAACAGACUUGAAAAUACUUGCUAGUAGUUGCAACUUUGGGGACAUUAGAGAUUCUUUGAUUAGAGACCGACUUGUGUGUGGUACAAAUAGCUCAGCACUGAGGGAGAGAUUACUCAGGGAAGAGAAGCUGACUCUUGAGACAUCCCUGCACAUUUGUAGAGCUACAGAGCUGUCAAGGGAGAAUAGCAGAACACUGCAAGGACAGACAGUGGAGGAGGUACAUGCACUGAAACAGGCAGAAGAGAGACAAAAAGACAAUGAGAUACUGUGCAAGUUUUGUGGUAGAACACACGAGAGGAAUAAGAAAAAAUGUCCAGCUUUUGGGAAAAAGUGUAAGAGGUGUGGAAAGGAAAAUCAUUUUGCAGUUCAGUGCAGAUCAAGACAAGCGAGCAGUAGGAAAACUAAGAAAGUGCAUGCAGUUACAGAGCAGACUAGUGACAGUGACUCUUAUGAGGAUGUCAACUGUAUAACUGAAGCAAAUAGAGAGGAUGAAACUGUAAACCAGGUUAAAAACAGCCACAGUCAGGGCCAGCAGCUCUUUGCAGGAAUGAAGAUAGGGGAAAAAUUAGUUGACUUCCAGAUAGACUGUGGGGCCACCUGUAAUAUCAUCCCCAUCGAUCUACUAAACCCAGACACACAGUUAGAGCACACUGAUAAAGUGCUAGUGAUGUAUAACAAGACCAAGUUGACUCCUCUGGGUACAUGUAAGGUUAAGGUCAGAAACCCCAGAAACAACAAGCUGUACAGACUAGAGUUUCAAGUGGUUGACCAGAGUAGUAGAAUCCCUUUACUGGGCAGAAAAGCCAGCGAGGCAAUGAAGUUGAUAAAAGUACAGUACGAGAAUAUUCUGGCUAUAGACAACAUAGUGAAGACAGAGCCGAGCCCAGUGACAAAGGGAGAAAGUGGCAAAUCCGUGACCAUGGACAAAAUAAAUGAAGAGUUUGAGGAUGUGUUCACUGGAGAUGGCUGCAUGGAGGGUGAAUAUAGAAUAGAGAUAGAUGACAGAGUACCGCCAGUGAAACUGCCAAAGCGCAGAGUGCCUGUAGCUAUGAUGACACCUCUACAAGAGGAACUCAAAGAUCUAGAGAGAAGAGGGAUAAUCACACCAGUGGAACGCAGCACUGACUGGAUCAGUAGCAUGGUCGCAGUGAGAAAACCUAAUGGGAAGCUGAGGAUCUGUAUAGACCCAAAACCGCUGAAUCGGGCACUAAAAAGAAGUCACUAUCCACUCCCAACUAUAGAUGACAUCCUGCCGGAGAUGUCAAAGGCAAAAGUAUUCACAGUCUGCGACGUGAAGCAAGGCUUCUGGCACGUCAAACUAGAGGAAGAGUCGAGCUACCUUACCACAUUCGCCACCCCAUUUGGUCGCUUCCGUUGGCUAAGGAUGCCGAUGGGAAUAAGCCCAGCACCGGAAGUGUUCCAAAGAAAGCUCAUGCAUGCCCUGGAGGGCCUCCCAAGAGUCUGCGUCAUAGCAGAUGAUGUGUUAAUCACGGGGGAAGGAGCAACACAAGAGGAGGCAGGAAAGGACCACGACGAGAAAGUCAGACGCUUUCUAACCAGGUGCAGAGAGCGUAACAUCAAGCUGAACGCGGACAAAUUCAAGCUCAGACAAAAAGAGGUACCCUACAUAGGUCAUCUGCUCACGGCCAAGGGACUGAGGGUUGACCCGGAGAAAGUACGGGCAAUCAGAGGGAUGCCAAGGCCAACGGACGUGAAAGGGGUACAGAGAUUAGUUGGGAUGGUCAACUAUCUGUCGAAGUUCUAUGACCACCUUUCAGAUGACUCUGAGAUUCUGAGACAACUCACGCGCAAGGAGAACCUGUGGGAAUGGACGGACAUCCAAGAAGGGGCGUUUCAAAGACUGAAAGACAAAAUCGCUAAAGCACCAGUUCUACAGUACUACAACAAGGAAGAGGAGUUGACACUUCAGUGUGAUGCAUCUGACACGGGACUGGGGGCCGCCCUGACACAGAAAGGUAAACCGGUAGCAUUUGGUAGUAGGGCACUCACACCAACUGAAAGGGGCUAUGCCCAAAUAGAGAAAGAAUGCUUAGCCAUAGUGUUUGGGAUGGAAAAGUUCCAUCAGUAUACUUAUGGUAGAGAGGUCACAGUACAAAGCGACCACAAGCCUCUAGAAAAUAUACACAGAAAGCCAUUACUUAGUGCACCUAAGAGACUGCAGAGAAUGCUACUCAGACUGCAGCAGUAUGAUAUUAGUGUGACCUAUGUUCCAGGCAGGGAUAUGCUACUUGCAGACACGCUGAGUAGAGCAUACUUACCAGAGAGCACUAAGGGAGAGAGUGAGACAGAUAUCGAGACUGUGAACAUGGUCAGCUACCUACCCAUUUCAGCAGAGAGGCUGAGUGCCAUCAGGGCUGCAACAAACGAUGACACAAAGUUACAGAGUGUGGUAAACAGAAUUCUGUCAGGGUGGCCCAAGAGAAAAAAGGACCUACCAAGUGACAUCAGGCACUACCACACGUUCCAAGAUGAACUGAGUUUCCAGGACGGCAUAGUGUUCCGAGGGGACAGAGCCGUGAUACCUGACGCACUCAGGGUGGACAUCACUCACAGGAUCCACUCCUCUCACCUGGGAGUAGAAGGAUGUCUGAGGCGAGCGAGGGAGUGUGUAUACUGGCUUGGAAUGAACGAGGAGAUCAAGACCUUCAUCGCCAAAUGUGACAUAUGUAGGUCAGUGGACCCAAGGCAACAAAGAGAGACACUACAUCCACAUGACAUGGCCAGCAGACCCUGGGCCAAGGUAGGAAUGGACCUUUUCUCCUUUCACAAUAAAGACUAUCUGAUAACAGUGGAUUAUUAUUCAAACUUUUGGGAGGUCGAUUAUCUACCUGACACUAAGAGCAACACAGUGAUCAAAAAACUCAAGGCACACUUUGCCCGACAGGGGAUUCCGGACAUUGUUAUCUCGGAUAAUGGACCCCAGUAUGCAUCACAAGAGUUUCAGCACUUCAGCCAGAAGUGGGGUUUUGAACACCGUACAUCGUCGCCGGGAUACCCGCAGAGUAAUGGGAAGGCGGAGUCAGCAGUAAAGACAGCCAAGCGCCUGAUGCUGAAGGCUGCAGCAGCGAGACAGGAUCCGUACUUGGCAAUGCUGGAUCAUCGCAACACACCGAGCCAGGGCCUCAACACAAGCCCGGCACAGAGACUCCUAAGCAGGAGGACCAGGACCCUGCUUCCCACAAAGGACACUCUGCUGAAGCCAGAGGUAACACACGAUGAACAGGGACUGAAAUACAACAGACAGAGACAGGAAAAGUACUACAACCGCACAGCAAAAGACAUGGACACUCUGAAAAGAGAGGACAGUGUGAGAGUACAGCCCUGUGAUACACACAAGGGCUGGAGACCAGCGAGAGUGGUCCAACAGGUGAGCCAUAGAUCGUAUGAGGUGGAGUUAGAGUCAGGAGGUGUUCUGAGACGAAAUCGUCGCCACCUCAGACACAAUCCCACCACGCUCACACCAACACAAAACACGCCCACACCAACAGUGACUGAGGCGGCCAUACCGCCAGAUGGCCCAGCAGAGAACCAAGGCACGGUCACCAGGUCAGGUCGACAAGUUAUCAGACCCCGCUACCUGACAGACUAUACUCAGUGAUUAGAGUAUGGACUAUGAAAGGAAAAGAAAAGAAAUGAAAAUGUGUUGUUUAUGCACUUGUGGGAAAAAACUGAUGUUUUGAACUGUUGAUUUAUUAUUGUUUAUGUUGUUAGAUCUGUUGUAAAUGAGCAGAGCAUAUGGUACAAGUUUGCUGCACUAGAAUACCUAAGGGGAAGAGACUUAACUUGAAAAAAGAAAAAGAAAGAUGUAACAAUAGGAUUGUUUAUUUAAGUACUGUUGUACGGGGGACUGUUUUACUGUUGUACGGGGGACUGUUUUAGAGGUGACACUGGGCUUGUGGCCCAGUUGCAGAUAAGGAUACAGAGGCAGAUGGAUGAACUGCACAAAGCCAAUAAAGUUCAAGUAAGCAAA